UAUAAGCCCCAGUAAAUCACCCGGGAGACCUCCACCAACGUUUCAUUUAACUGGGGGGACGAGGCUCUUAAUAAACCGCCCGACUGCUCUGCUCGCCGUUCUCUGCCUCAGGUGCCCCAGCACAUGACUCUAAGAGACACUUGAGGUCUCCAUGCCCUCCCGUUCCUAGCGGAAGACUGGUGCGACAAUGACCAUCCAUAUAGAGGGGCUUGUGGCUAUCGCGAUCUUCUAUCUACUGAUCCUGUUCGUGGGCAUCUGGGCGGCAUGGAAGAACAAACACUCCGGGGAGGCGGAGGGCACCGACCGCAGCGAAACCAUCAUGGUCGGAGGGAGAGACAUUGGAUUAUUUGUCGGUGGAUUUACCAUGACAGCGACCUGGGUUGGAGGAGGUUACAUCAAUGGCACAGCUGAAUAUGUGUAUUUACCGGAUUAUGGGUUAGCUUGGGCACAAGCUCCCUUUGGAUAUGCCCUCAGUCUUGUUGUGGGUGGUCUUUUUUUCGCUAAGCCCAUGCGCUCACGAGGUUACGUCACCAUGUUGGACCCGUUUCAGCAGAUGUAUGGGAAACGCAUGGGUGGCCUCCUCUUCAUACCUGCACUCAUGGGUGAGAUCUUCUGGUCUGCCGCCAUCUUAUCCGCCCUUGGCGCUACUCUGAGUGUCAUUGUGGACAUCAACAUUAAGAUGUCAGUGGUUAUCUCAGCACUCAUUGCAAUCUUUUACACCCUGGUUGGAGGACUUUACUCUGUGGCCUACACUGAUGUUGUGCAGCUCUUCUGUAUCUUUAUUGGCCUGUGGAUCAGUGUCCCCUUUGCUUUGACCAACCCUGCGGUGACAGACAUUACUGUUACUGCAGUGAAGCAUGUGUACCAGUCGCCCUGGAAAGGCAGCAUCAACAGGAAGGACACCUGGGUCUGGAUCGACAACUUCUGCCUCCUGAUGCUUGGAGGAAUACCCUGGCAGGUGUAUUUCCAGAGAGUCCUCUCCGCUUCCUCGGCUACCUACGCCCAGGUCCUCUCUUUCCUGGCUGCGUUCGGGUGCCUCGUAAUGGCUGUGCCCUCCGUUCUCAUCGGGGCCAUCGGGGCCUCCACAGACUGGAACCAGACAAGUUAUGGUGCCAUUCCUCCUAAAGAGAGGGAGCAAGCAGACAUGAUUCUGCCCAUCGUGCUCCAACACCUUUGCCCGCCAUUCGUCUCUUUUUUCGGCCUGGGUGCGGUGUCUGCAGCUGUCAUGUCAUCUGCAGACUCUUCCAUCCUUUCAGCAAGCUCCAUGUUUGCGAGAAACAUCUACCAGCUCGCCUUCAGACAGUCGGCGUCUGACCGUGAGAUUGUGUGGGUGAUGCGCAUCACUAUCUUUGUAUUCGGCGGCCUUGCUACGUUGAUGGCACUGGUAACCGGGACAGUUUAUGGCCUCUGGUACCUGAGCUCAGACCUGGUCUACGUUAUCAUCUUUCCCCAGCUGCUCAGUGUGCUCUUUGUCAAAGGUACCAACACUUACGGCUCGGUGGCUGCUUACCUGUUCGGCAUGGUACUGCGUAUAGGUGGAGGUGAGCCCUACCUGCAGCUGCCUCCUUUCAUCUACUACCCAGGCUGGAUCAUUGAGCAGAGGAUGCACCACAUAACUGGAGAAAUGGAGGAUGUUGUCAUCCAGAAGUUCCCCUUCAAGACCGUCUCUAUGAUCGCCUCCUUUCUGGGUAACGUUGCUUUUUCCUACCUGGCAAAGUACCUGUUUGAGAGUGGCAAGAUUUCACACAAAUACGACUUCCUCGACGCUGUUGUGUCCAAGCAUAGCGGAGAGAUUAUGGAUAAGACAACGCUUGUAACUCGAGGCAACAAUAUCGGGCUGUCGGAGAUAUCGGCUGUCAAACCACGGCUGAGCGUGACCUUGGCGGCCGCCUUCACACGCCGUAACACGCUCCAAGCGGAAACCGUUGAGGAGGAGGAGGACUCCAGCCCUGACUCCUCUCACCAUGAUGAAAAAUGACAAACUCAGGAUGUGUUUGAACAAACCAAAAAAACAUGCAACUGAUCUGCCAGAGAACUGGUUACUCUGUCAGAUACUCCAAAAAGAAGUAACAACUAAGAGAGAACAAGCAAACAUCCUCUCUUGGGACUACAAAUUACCACAUCCCGCUUGUGGUGAUUGGAUAACAGCCUGUCGGGAUAUAUAGUGUAGCAGCUUGCUGAUUGUCCAGACAUGUAGUUGAAGUACAUCAAACACACAUACACUCAUAUAGUACUUAUAGAUAGUUGGGUGUACUGUAUUCAUCCUUUUUUAAACUUGUUUGGAGAUAUACUAAAAGAAAAAAGAGACUCCUUAUUUGAUUAAUUUUGUUUUUUUAUCACUAAUGAAAAAGCAGACCGUUAUCCAACUGCAGAUAAGUGGAGAUGAGAGAUGCUGUGUGAAGUGGUGACAUAUUUGAUCAGAAAUAUGAAAAGGAAUGUUGAACAGAUAACAGGUACUUUACAAGAAGUGACUGACAGCACAAAAGUAGUUUGGAAGGAGGGUAUUUAUUCACCAAUGUAUGUACCAAUUAGAUAAAAGCAAUAACAUAUACAUAUACACACCUGAAGAGAUAUUAUUAUAAAAAUCUGAUUGUGAGAGACGGAAACAAGGAAAUAUGGAAAACAGGAUAUUUUAUAGCUUCAAUAUGUCAUAUCAAGCCAGUAACUUUAUGUAACCUAAUUUACAUUUGUAGCACUGUUUCUGAUUUAUAAAUCAAAUAGUCAUAAAAUGUGAAAUACAUCUCACAUAUUAACCAACACCCAGCUGAUUUUGUUUGAUACCGUUUUUGA